AUGACUACCCUGCUUUUCCUCGGACUAUGUUUUGCUACUCGAGUCACCUCAGUACCAACUGCCAAUGCUGUAGAGGCACGUGAUGACAAUAGUGUCUUUUCAGACACGUGGACUACGCCUGCAUUUAUUGCCUGCCUUCAAAACAGGUUCCCGAAUUUCCCUGACGGGGUUACUGGAUCCACUGACAUUAAUGACUGUCGAAACUCUAUCGGGAAGCGCGAUAUUGACGCCGCACUCGAUCCCUCUGACAUUGUCGGUGAAUUAUCGACGCGAGAUACUAAUGACGAACUUGAUUCCCACGACAUCGUGGGGGAAUUGGCCGAACGAGGACUCGAUAACAAAUUUCGAACUCGCGCUAGCCUCACGGACCUCAUUCCAGACUUUCAAGCCGAGACGCCUACAUGUCCCGAAAAGUCCUUGCCCAAGAACUUCGAAGAAGCCGCUCCAAUGCGCGCAAAAGCCCAGGAAUUAUGCAAACAAAUUGGCUCUAAUCUGCUUAGUCAAGGUUACGCUUUGCUCAGUGAAACACUUCCAGAUGCCUUUACAAAGAAGGAUAUUUGGCUUUAUGGUAACCAGAAGGUCGUCCUGGAACUCGUGCUCUCUUUUACUCCUCAGGGAAGAGCCGCCAUGACAGCCGCGAAAGUGAGCCAAGACACCGCUGUAUCCGUAUGCACAGCAGCAUUGACUAUGCUCGCGACAAAGGGCGAAGGGUGCACGAAGGACAUACAUUUCUCAAAAGAUUUCAUCUUCAAGACAGAACAAACCACCGGAGUUACUGACGGCAUCAUGGAUUUGUGGUUCAAGAAAAGCCCAAUAGGUUUUAUUUCGACAUCAUUCACUAUUCUACGCGCCUUUGCUGGUUCGACGGACGCCGAUGAAUAUCAAGAUAAGUUGAUGAACGAUCAGGGGAAGAGGUUGGUCUAA